AAAGUCAAUGAGGCGGGAAGGGACACGUCGCUCAUCUAUAGAUAUAUAAACCAUUCUGCCUCCUUGGAGGGGAUCUAGUGCGCGGUAUUUAUAGGCGAGGAAGCUCUCCUGCCCUGCAGCAGCUGGAAAAAUCACGCUCCUGGGCCAUCCAACCAUCCUUCCUAGAGUUGGUUUUGCGGACAGAAAACCUCCCAGAACUGGAGCUGGCCGGGAAGGGGCGGCCAGAAGGGGCGGGAAGUGGUGCUCGGGCACCCGAUUGCGGUGCAGAUUCGCCAGCGGCAGCGACUCAGACUCGGAGACUGCACUAGUCCUUGGCUAUUUCUGGUCGAGUCACUGCUCCCCUCGCAGGGGAAGUGGGGGCGUGGUCCGCGCGCGCCGGGACCAAUGGGAACGGAGGCUGAGGCGAGAGCCCCGCCCCCGACAUGACGCACGGACCUCAGACCCAGGCUUCACCACCGCGGGCCCAGACCCUGCGGUGGCUGUAACAAAACCCAGACUUCCCAGGUCCCGGCCAAUGAUGGAGCCGAUUUAGACUGGAGCAGGACCGCGUCUGUCAAAAGCCCCACUCGGCGGCAGCGGUGGAGUUCAGGAUCUGGAGAGCUGGAGCAGCGCUGCGCUGCCUCCCCGCCCCCGCCGGGAUUUAUUGAGUAUUUGGGCUGGGAAAUUAAGUGGCCCUGAUGAUGUUACCAAGCCCGGUCACUUCCACCCCUUUCUCAGUCAAAGACAUUUUGAACCUGGAGCAGCAGCAGCAGCAGCAGCAGCACUUCCACGGCGCUCACUUGCAAGCGGACCUGGACCACCACUUCCACGCCGCGCCCUGCAUGCUGACCACCGCCGACGGGACGCAAUUCUCUGACGGAGGGGAGGAAGACGAGGAGGAAGAAGGGGAGAAACUGUCCUAUUUGAACUCACUGGCCACGGCCGACGGCCACGGAGAUUCUGGGCUCUGUCCGCAGGGCUAUGUCCACGCAGUCCUGCGAGACUCGUGCAGCGGGCCGAAGGAACACGAAGAGGAGUCCGAGGUCGUGAGGGACCGGAGCCAAAAGAGCUGCCCGCUGAAGAAGCCUCUGGAGGCGGCGGGGGACUGUAAGGCGGCCGAGGACGGCGACAGGCCGAAGCCGCGCAGCCGCCGGAAGCCGCGGGUGCUCUUCUCGCAGGCGCAGGUCUUCGAGCUGGAGCGCCGGUUCAAGCAGCAGCGGUACCUGUCGGCGCCGGAGCGCGAGCACCUGGCCAGCAGCCUGAAGCUCACGUCCACGCAGGUGAAGAUCUGGUUCCAGAACCGCAGGUACAAGUGCAAGAGGCAGCGGCAGGACAAGUCCCUGGAGCUGGGCGCGCACGCGGCCCCGCCGCCGCCGCCGCCGCGCCGCGUGGCCGUGCCGGUGCUGGUGCGGGACGGCAAGCCGUGCGUGGCGCCGGGCGCCCCGGCCUACGGCGCGCCCUACGGCGUGAGCGCGGGCGCCUACUCCUACAACGGCUUCCCCGCCUACGGCUACGGGAACUCGGCCGCGGCCGCCGCCGCCGCCGCUGCCGCCGCCGCCGCCGCCGCCGCGGCCUACAGCGGGAGCUACGGCUGCGUGUACCCGGCGGGCGGCGGCGGCGGCGGGGGCGGCGGCGGCGGCGGCGGGGGCGGCGGGGCCCCAGCGGCGGCCGCGGGGCUGCAGCCCGCCUGCAGCGCGGCCGGGGGCGGCCCCUUUGUGAACGUGAGCAGCCUGGGCGGCUUCGGCGGCGGCGGCGGCGGCGCGCAGCCGUUGCAUCAGGGCGCGGCGGCCGGGGCGGCUUGCGCGCAGGGCACCUUGCAGGGCAUCCGGGCCUGGUAGGGUCACGGCGGCGGCGGGCGCCCCACCGCAGCCUGGCUCCACGGAACUGAGUGCGAGGAAGGCUGGAUCCAAGGGCCAACUGCCCUUGUUAAAAAACAAAAACAAAAAACAAAACUCGUCUCACUCUCUGGAGAGCCCCGAGCGCAGCUCACUGAAGGCCCGAGGAGGGGGCCCAGGGCCGGUGCGGAGACUUGUCUCCGAGUCAGAGAGGCCGGCGGGGUGCUGGGGAGGAUCCUGGCCCCGACCUGGCCCCGAUCGGAGUGCGAGAGGCCGGGAACCUGGCUGCCUGCCGCUCGGUUCUCCUGGAGCGAGAAGGCGUCUCUCCCAGGCCUCCCCGAGGCCUCCUCAAAGCGCUGGCGGAGAACCCAAAGACACACACACACACACAAUAGCAUGAAGGAGAGAAGAAGAAAAAAAAGGGCGUCGUGGCUUGAGAAAUCGCCAAGCCCCGCGGACCUUGAGACCCCUCGGCGGGCCCGGAACGCCACACUCCACUCCAUUUCCCUUUUCCAGCCGCCUGCCCGCCCUCCGCAGCAGCAGAGUCCUCGGCCUGGAUCUCCGGAUUGUCGGGGGUGGGUAGAAAAGAAAAACAGCGAAGUGAGAUUAAAAAAAAAAAAAAAAUCUGGGGGCUGAACAAAUCCGGGACCUGGUGUGGCCCAUGGAAGAAGGUGUUACCGGGUUCCUUUCUGUUUCGUUAUUCUGUAUUCAGCACAUAUAAUAUAUAUAUAUAUAUAAAUAUAACUAUAUCCACAUGCCAUGUACACACCCGCUGCCAUACACUACAGGAGUCAAUAAACAAGGUGCAAUAUUUCCAAACCA